GUGAGACAGGGACACACACGCUGGUGUACACACACACACACACUUUCACAGUCUGCAGCGGGUGCGCAGAAUACACACAGGCACACAAAUUGGUUUUUCGACUGAGAGUGAAAGACAGAGAAAGAGACUCAGUGAAAGACAGAAAGACAGAUUGAGUGAAAGAAGAAGAAGAAGAAGACUGAGUGGAAGAAAGAGAAAGAAAGAAGCAGAAUACUCCUGAGCGCCCGUUUGGUCAACUCUGCGGGAGCCUCCCCGGCCGUUCUGACUCCGAGCCGCACAGACCAGGCGAGAGAUGAACCACAGCCCCACGGAGACGGGCGGGCCCGCCCAACCGCUGCGCUACCUCAGUAAACUGGAGGCGGCUGCCAUAGAGACGGAGCUUCUGAAGGACUACCACUUCGGCAAGCAGCAGCUGAUUGAGCUCUGGGGCCAUGCCUGUGCCAUCGGCAUCGUCAAGGCCUUCCCUCUCUCCUCUCUGGGGAAGAGGCAGCCCACGGUGCUGGUCGUCUGCGGUCCCGAUCAGAACGGCUGUAUUGGGCUGGUGUGCGCUCGACACCUGCGCAUGUUUGAGUAUGCGCCAACCAUUUUCUACCCGAAGCGGUCGUCCCACUCUCUGCACAAGGACUUCAUGGUUCAGUGUGAGAGGAUGGACAUCCCCUUCCUGUCCUAUCUCCCCACAGAGGUGCAGCUGAUCAACGACGCCUACAACCUGGUGGUGGACGCCGUGGCCGGGCCCGAGACGGAGCUGGCGGACCUGGGCGAGCCGUACGGCGGGAUCCUGCUCACGCUGAAGCAGCUGAAGAUCGCCGUGGCCAGCCUGGACGUGCCCUCAGGAUGGGAGGCGGAAGGGGACAACUCCGACGGAAUAACUCCGGAAGUUCUCAUCUCCCUGACGGCGCCAAAGAAGUGCGCUGCCGGGUUUUCCGGAAAGCAUUUCCUGGCCGGCCGCUUCCUGCCUUUCGACAUCCAGAGGAAGUACGAGCUGAACCUGCCGGAAUAUUCCGGAACGGACUGUCUGGUAGAACUGUAAACGGUCCCUGCAUUUUCCUGUGGCUUUUCCCCAACUGAAAUGACGUACACUGCAACAGGGAUCAGCAACUCGCAGUCCUUUAGCGCCAAGAAUUUCUGGUUUUCCACCCGCCCUCCUAUUAACCUGAGAGUCAGGUGCAAAGUCGUUUUGGCCAAUCAGCAGCACUAAUUACCUGUAGGAAAAGAAAACCAGGGCUGGAUUUAGAUUCAAGGGCCAGAGCUGAUGAUCCCUGCGCUACAAUGUUCAGAAGUAGAGAAUAUAAUCAAGACAUUUCAACACUUUCAGAUGGUCUUGUGAUAUAUAUUAAUACAUAUAUAGAUUACUCUUAAAUAUAUUUAUCAUUAAAUUAAAUUUAAAAAAAUAGGUCCACAUAUUUAUCUAUUGCAAU